AUGCUCUUUCCCCUUUUCUUCCAGCUAGGAGGAGGCUACGAUGACUAUGUGAACUUCACCUGGAAGUUGCGCGCUUUCAUGUCCGGUCCAACUUUACGCGAUGACGACGAGAUCGAGGUGGAGAAGCCAGGCUCGCCUACAGAUGAUGAUUUUUCGAGCUCCUCAGGGUCCAUCUCUGAACACGAGAUCCGUUCCGGACGACCGAGUGACUCUGGCCGUCCCGAGGUAGCAAGAACAGUCAGCCAUGUCCGCGAUGGGAUCGAGAGCCGACACGAUGUCGAGGCUGCGCUCCCACUUGAGAAGCAGCCAACUCCGAGGCACCUAGCAGACCCAAACCUCGUAACCUGGAAUACCGAGGACCCGGAGAACCCCAAGACUUGGGAAACGGGUCAGAAGUGGGCCGCUGUCUUUGUGGUGUCGACGUUCACGUUGAUCAGCCCCGUAUCAUCCACCAUGACAGCACCAGCAUUAGGCUCCAUUGCCAGCGAAUUGAACAUUACAAAUGAGUUUGAGAAGCAACUUUCACUCUCGAUCUUCGUCCUCGCAUACGCAAUCGGUCCUCUCCUUCUCGGUCCUCUGAGUGAGCUGUACGGCCGCGUCAUCGUCCUUCAGCUUGCUAACCUCUUCUACCUCUUCUUCAACCUCGGAUGUGGCCUGUGCCACACUAAGGUGCAGCUGAUAGUAUUCCGGUUCCUUGCUGGGUUCGGCGGGUCUGCUCCCCUCGCGAUCGGCGGUGGGAUCCUUUCAGACUUGUUUACAGCCGAGGAGCGAGGGAGAGCCAUGAGUAUCUACAGCCUCGCACCUCUUCUUGGGCCAGCCAUUGGCCCCAUCGCGGGAGCAUUUAUAUCCGAGAACACAUCUUGGCGCUGGAUUUUCUACGCCACAACUAUAGCUGACGCCUUGAUACAAUGUGCAGGGCUCUUCCUUCUUAGGGAGACCUACACUCCGGUUCUGCUGCGUUGGCGCAAGGAAAAGCUCAUCAAAGAGACAGGAAACACGGACCUACACACUGACUUCGACGACCCGGACAAGACCGUUUCCAGAACGUUGGCCACGGCUUUUGUGAGGCCCUUUCGCAUGCUGUUCACUCAGCCAAUUAUCCAGGUCCUUGCCAUUUACAUGAUGUUCCUUUACGGGCUGAUGUAUCUCAUCUUGUCUACAUUCCCAGGCCUCUGGGCAUCAUACGGGAUGAGCACUGGAAUUGGUGGGCUGAACUACAUAGCACUUGGGCUCGGGUUCUUCCUUGGAGCCCAGAUCUGCGCUCCCUUUCAGGACCGUAUCUAUGCCCGUCUAAAAAAGCACUACAACGUGUCCGUGGGGCGCCCGGAGUUCCGUAUUCCCAUGAUGGUACCUGGGGCUAUUAUGAUGCCUGUCGGCCUCGUUAUAUACGGCUGGACUGCUCAGUAUCGGGUUCAUUGGAUCGGACCUGAUGUAGGUGUUGUCAUAUUGUCCAUGGGGGUCAUCGUUGGCUUUCAGGCUAUCCAGGGUUUUCUGGUGGAUUCUUACACCAGGUACGCUGCGAGCGCCGUUGCAGCAGCCACAGUACUUCGCAGUCUCGCUGGUUUUGGGUUCCCGCUCUUCGCCCCCAGCUUAUAUGCCAGGCUGGACUAUGGCUGGGGAAACACUAUGCUUGCUUUCAUCGGUGUUGUGAUCGGUUGGCCCGGCCCAAUCUUGUUGUGGAAAUACGGGCAGAAGUUGAGGGAGAAAUCUACCUUUGCGGCAGGGCCAAGAUGA